UUCAAUACGCCCACAAAGAGAUACACAUGGGUGUAAUCAACCUGUGCAUGUCUCUUAUACGCUAAGAGUACAGUAGAUUAAGUCAUGCAUUAAAGUGAUCGGAUUUGAUCCUGAUAUCAUGUUUACACCGGCUGAAAGCAUCGGUUGCGAUCUCCAAUGGGCGCGUGUGUGCUGAAUGUGAGGAAAUGUCUGGACUGUGGCAGAAAAACAGCCCUGCAGUAUUUGGGCAUGGUCGCUAUCCGAUUGACCUGACAACAGUUUCAUGAGUGGCUGUAUUUUCGAAAUGGGGGAAAAUAUCUUGGGCGUUUAGUCGUGGGAGAAUUAGGCGCUUGCGUGGUUUUACUUCGUGUUUACAGUCUUGUCGCUGGUUUUGUAAACCUGGCCUAAAUAUACCAGUUUGUGGUGAAACUGGUGCUCAGUUUACAGACAUGUGACGAACUGAAUGUUUACCAAGCUUCAGGUCCUGGAGGCUUCUGAAUGCAGUUUGACAGUUCAGAGUGUUUGAGACAUGGCAGAAGAUCAGUUAAAGGGAGAUUCCUCGGCUGGGGAGGGAGAGACGGAGCCCAAUACACUGCUGCAGAAGCUCAAGAGCAACAUUUCUAAAAAUGUGCAGGGGAAAGUGGACAAAAUUUUGGAAGAUGUACAGCGUUUUUCUGACAACGAUAAGCUCUACCUUUAUCUACAGCUACCCUCAGGUCCAAGUGCAGGAGAGAAGAGUGGUGAUUCAAACUCGGUCAACACAGCAGACCAACUUCACACCUGCAACUGGAUCCGUAGCCAUUUGGAAGAACAUCCUGACACCUGCCUGCCUAAACAAGAUGUUUACGAGACAUACCGGAAACACUGUGACAACCUACAGCAUCGGCCUCUGAGUGCAGCAAAUUUUGGCAAAAUCAUUCGAGACAUCUUCCCUAACAUAAAAGCACGAAGACUGGGUGGUAGAGGACAGUCCAAAUACUGCUAUAGUGGGAUACGUCGAAAAACUGUGCUCAACAUGCCAUUACUACCCAACUUGGACCUCAAAAAUGACCCGUCUGAACUGACAGAACUGGUGCAAACCUACAAGCAAGAGGUGACUGAAGCAGCCUGCGAGCUCAUCUGUGAUUGGGCCCAGAAGAUCCUGAAGCGCUCUUUUGACACGGUGGUAGAAAUCGCACGAUUCCUCGUACAAGAGCACAUUGUGAACCCACGCUGCAGCCAAGCCGAGCUCGUCACCUCAGCUGCACUGGCAGGCGGACCCUCGAAACCUCAUAAGGUAAUCAAAAAGAUUCCUGCAACAUCUCGAGCAGCUGGAGCAGAGGAAGAUGGUGGCAGUGUGGAAAAUAAGCAAAAAGAGAAAGACGGUAUGGAGCAGCCGCCAUCCAAUAAGCAGCAGGUCAGUGAUAAACCACCCAACAAGGUGGAGUCGGCUCGAGUGGAGGCCUAUAUGAAGAAACUGCCCCAGCUUCUUCCUAGAGGCACCGUUCCAGAGAAAACCUCCCCACCGUGUCUCGCGCCAGCUGAUUCAGGCAGCGUUCAAGUCACUUUGCCCAUAACCGUCACUACAAUACCCUCUCAGUCAGGCGGAACCGUCCCAGUUAUGGUCCCAGUUAUACUACCAUCAGCCGUAAGUCUGUCCUACCCCGAAUGUGAGAAAACAUCAGUCACGGUCACCACUUCUUCAGCACCGACCCCGGUGGUUCAAAGAGCGCGACCGGCAGCUCCCAAAAGGGCACCUGAUCCCUCCACCUCAGUGUCAGCCUCCGGCGUUGUUCUGAAACGCAAAAGAGGACGACCCAGAAAACAAAGACCGGAAGAUCUUUUAUCACAACUACAGUCGCCUCCAAUCUCAACCCCAAAUCCAGCUUUGCUCACAAGAGGCGUGAUCCAAAAGGCCUUGCCUUCCUGCCCUCCCGCCGUUCCUUCACAGCUCGUCGAAAUCGUCAUCCAGGACCAGCAGAGUCUGAUGCUCAGCCAACUUCCAACCAUCCAGGAGGUGUCAGACGUGGAGCAUCGAAGCGUAGUGGUGCAGUGUCACUCUGCCCCAGAAGCUGAGAAGCAGCAGUCCGUCCUGCUCAUGCAAGGGCCAAACCAACUCAAUUACGAGCAGGGCCGGAGGAUGGUCAUCCAGCGUGCGCCGCUAUCCAGAGAAGGAAGGCCUGCUCCUAUAGAAGUGCCGCAGUCUGCAAUCACAUACCUCCCGCCGGCGACAUUACUAGAGGAUCGAGGAGAAGUCGAAAUCACUCUGACUCCUGUGGAGCCACAGGACGAUUCCAUGCCCCUAAAAACCCUUAAACCAGAGGACCCGUAACGGCAGCACACGAGUGUCUCCGAGAUCUCAGCGGGCAAUGCCUUUCCACUGCUUCUGUGAAUGGCAUGCUAGCUUGUCGUCAAACUGAGGCGUGUACCAUCUUGGCUGAGCUUGAUCGGGUAUGUUUGCUUUGUGUAAAAAUGGUGUAUAGAAGUACAACCUUUCAUCGUUGCCUUCAAACAGCAACUACACUCAUAUUUUCAUGAACAUAAAAACGUACGUGAAUUCCUGAAGAGUGCUUUUAAAGAGAUUAUCCAAUUUAAGUGACCUAAGCCUAAUGUUUUGACUGUUUUGAUCAGAAUUUCAGCGCAGCACACAGAUAUGCUCAUAAAUUACAGUCCAAUCUGGUCUAGCUCAGUUAUAAGCAUCUUUAAAAAAAAGAUUAUUGGUCAUUAGAGUUAGAAGAACUGCGUUUGUCAUCAUGUUUAGUGCCAUAAAAGGGCAGUCGAUCUUUUAUUGCGCUGACCGUCUUUGCAUGUUUGUGUUUGUGAACAUGAAUCGAGACUUUUGAGUGUGUUUUCUAGCUGUUCAGAUGACAAAGAGUGGUAUUACGGGUUUGCAACUUCGGGGUUCUGAAGUCCCCUUUUCACCCAAUGAUUGGGUCAAUAGUUGCGUGGUCAGUUUUUUUUCCAUUGCAAAUGGAUAGAGAUAAACAAAGCAUCGAAAUUAUUACAUCCAGUUGCUGUUGCAAAAGUUGAGAAGACACUACUGGCUCAAAUUGUGCACAAUGUAGGUGGAUGGAAAAACAAAGACCUCCUAAGUCCCUUUAAAUAUGCAAAUGAGGCUAUGAUUUUGGGAUUUCUCUCUCAAACCCCUCCCCGCGUUCAGGUCUGUCCAGUCGUUCUCUUACAGCAACGUAAUUUAGCACUUAAGAGAUGUAAAUAAUUUAUCUGUGAGCCCAGAGGAAUAUCUUCGAACAUACCAGAACUAAUUUUAUUUUCCAUAUGUAUAGCCGUCGUCACUAUAUUGCUACUUUGAAAUAUAAUACGUAUUAUUAGUUGCUAGUAAAGUGUGCGCUGUCACCCUAAAAGCAUGUGCAAAAACUAAAUUAGAAGUUGAGAUGUUAAAUUGCUGAAAUCUGAUUAUAUUAUUUGAUUUCAAACCGAAAUAUUUACUAAUUAUUUAUUUAUGCAAAUUUUACAAAGCUUGAGCCACAAAGGCCUGUUGUUGUGCUGUUAUCUUGCCUUUAAGGACAGUUUUGCUGUUUUAUAGCCUUAAAAUACUACACUGAAAUAAUAGAAUGUUUCUAGUAGUUUGAGUUUCAGAUAUUUCACUUGAUCUUAGCCCCCAAAUAUUGUAGCUUUACCAUUUGUUAAUUUGAAUAAUUAUGAUUUUUAUUUAAAAUCAAAUAAUGAGUGAAAAAAGAAUUGUAGCAGCUUUACUCGAUAUUGUUUUAUUGUGCUAUUGAAAGGCAAAAAAAAAAGAUAUCGGCUCAACAAAAGGUUGUUGAUGGUUUAAAGAGGUUUAUUAGGCUCUUAAUUAGCCACUCCAAUUAUUAUGUAUGAAGAGAUUUGGAGUCAGAUGCUGUUAUUUAUUCAGAUGUUGUAGUAAUAUAUGUGAGAUGGGAAAAGAGUAGACUAGUGAUAGUUUUACUAUGGAGUAAUGGUGCUUUAAAAAAGCGAAACGGGUUAAACUAACAACACAAAUGAUUGUGAAUUCACAUCGCAGCGAUUUCACCAAUCAGCAGUUUGACUGCACCCAAUGUCCGCUGCUAACUGGUGCUGAUUCUGGGUAAAUUUACUACGGUACAAUGGUUGUGAAAUGGCAACUGGCUGUUAAACAGCCUGCUAGCUUUGCGUUAGCAUAAAAUAUAUUUAGGCUUGUGAAAUAACGUGCUAUAUAUAUAUGUCAUGUUUAAUUUUAAAUAAACACGGCUGCUCGAUUUACUCAAGGUGAGACGUCUAACCAAAUUUGAUGAAAUAAUAACAUAUAACAAUAGGAGCUUUUAUUUUGUAUAUUGUCAAACUGGUAGGGUAUGUUAUGGAAGCUUGUUUUUGACCACAGAACAUAGUUUUUAAAUAAUAAUAAUAAUAAUAAUAAUUCCUUACAUUUAUCUAGCGAAUUUCUUUACACAUUGGGAGGAAUUUCCUCAUCCACCACUAGUGUGCAGCAUCCACCUGGAUAAUGCAACGGCAGCCAUAUUGCGCCAGACCGCACACCAGCUGAUUAGUGGAGAGGUGACAGAGCCAAUUAUGGUAUGAGGAUGUUUAGGAGGCCAGUGGGGAAAUUUGGCCAGGAUGCCGGGGUUAAACCCCUAUUCUUUUUUUUUUUUUUUGAAGGACAUCCUGGGAUGUUUAAUGACCACAGAGAGUCGGGACCUCAGUUUAACAUCUCAUCCGAAAGAUGGCGCUCACUGGGCAGUAUAGAGUCCCCAUCAAUAUACUGGGGUGCUAGGACUCACACAGACCGCAGGUUGAGCGCCCCUACUGGUCUCACUAACACCUCUUCCGGUAGCAACCUAGCUUUCCCAUGUGUUCUCUCAUCCAGGUACUGAGCUGGUGCAGCUCUGCUUAGCUUCAGUGGGCAACCAUGUGAGAUAGCUGCCGGUCGAUUUUUAAAUGUUUAUCUGGGGUUUUUAAUCACACAAUUUAUACUUUUCUUCUCAAAAAAUGUAUACAUUACAUUAGAUUUAGAUAAAAAAACGCACUAUAAAUUUACAAAUAAUAAAAUCACGGUUCUAAAACUCAGUUCUGAGAGGAACGAAUAAGUGAAAAUUGUUUCAUAAUUGUGAGAUUUAAAAAAAAAUAGAAAACCAAAAAUACAGCCAAAAAUGUAUAUCAAGUUAGAAUUACAAGAUGAUAACUUGUGUUUCUGUGAAAAAGCUUGAAUUGUCAGAUAUGAACUUAGAUUUGUAAAAGGCAAAAUUUGAAAAGGUAUAUAAAAUCGCAAUUGUAAUUUCGCAAGGUCACAAUUUUGACAAAGUAAUUAGAUAAAAUAAAAUUAGAUUUUACAGGUAAAAAAGGGGGUACAAUUUCAUAUAAACAAAGUUUAUAUUUCCAAUUUAGUUUUUUUUUUCAGACUUGUGAGUUUAUCUUGCAAUUCAGAUUUGUUUUUGCUGUUGUCCGAAUUGUCAAAGAAAAAAAAAAAACGUUUUAAUUCCAUAUUUGUUUUCCUGUGGUGCAAAUGGGCUUCCAUACCCAGUACCUUUUUUUUGAAUGUGUGUGUUUAUUAUUAUUUUUUUUACCAUAAGUAAUCAUUGUUAAAGGUAUAGUUCACCAAAAAAGGAAAAAUAUUUGCUGAAAAUUUGCAUUCCAAGAUCUAUAUAAGAUUCUUUGCAGUGAGAAUAAAAAACCAACACAAUAAUCCAAAAGCAACUCAGAGAAACAAAGCCAUCAUAAUUCAUUUUAACUUAAAACCUUUGCUUCUGGCCAUCCGUAACAGUCCAUAAUCCAUAACUCUUCAUGCAAUCUCCUGUUGUCCUCUCACGUCACAAUCCACAGAUAAAUUCUGAGCUGUUUUGGUGGUUUAUCUGUGUAUAUUUCUUUUCUGAUUUAGACAAGACAAAGCAGUGUUUGGUAUAUUUUAGCCCAAAGCUACAGGCUGAAGUUUAAAACAUCCAGUCAAACAUGCAGCUUUUCAAUGCGGAAAACAUCAAUUUAGUAGACUAGAGUUUUGUGGAUUAUUGCGUAAAUUCAUUAUGUUUUAAUGCUAAUACCAAAUUUCUUUAGAUCUGUUCUAUUAGAGAAACAAACGCACAUCUUGGCUGGACAAAUAUUCAUUUUAUGGUGAACUACACCUCUAAAAUCAGCGUACAGUUCUAAUACUCUGCCUCAUUUGCUCUUCAGAGAAUUGAAUACUGAAAUAUGAAUCAUAAUAUCCUGACAACAGCAGUUCUAAAUGCUGCAUAAUAACAAAACAUUGACAAAAAGCAUAAAUAAAAGUCAUUCACUUCAUUAAAAAAUGAAAAAAAGACUAAACAAUGGGACUUUAGAGUAAUAUAUUUCUGAAAGAUCGCAUAAUAAUCGAGGAAUGAGCGUAAAUAAUCACAUUUAAAGCAGCAAAGAACUUUUUAUACCAGAAAAGUGAUUGAAAGAUUUCAUGCGAAAACUUUUGGGAAUACUCGUAUCCGUUGACAGACGAUCUUGUUUUCUGACACAGUGUCACACGCCACAGAAAUGUAACAUGUUCAGUACAACAUAGUGCCUCAUACAAACCACUGUGCUCUGUAAAUAUCCAUUUUCUUUCAUUAUUUAUAAGGUUGUGAUUUCGCUCUGAAGCACCGAGUGGAUUGUUUGCUUUCAAGGCUCUUAAAACUGUUGCCCUCAAAACACAAACAAAAAAGAGAAAAGGAAAACCAAAAUGACAAGGUGUGGCGAUUGUGUGUUGUAAUUACCCAUCAGUGUUGGUAAUUCUUACGUUUCAUUGUGAAAACGUGUUUAGCACAUUAACUUCUCACCGAGUCAUGUUCAAUCGUUCAGUAGUCGCGUUUUUUUCUUCGUUGUGCGUGUCGGUAGUAUGCCAUUUUUUCCGAUCCCAAUUGACAUCUAACAUGUCUGACGUUUCGAUCUUCUUUUUUGUUAGUCGGUCCAUGCAUGGUUUGUGUAUUGAAUUUGAGUUUUAUUUCGAAAGGAUCCGAUAUAUUCGUUUGGAGUUGCGCAGAUUCUUUUGACAGCAUUUGAACCCUGGUGUUUGUCUUGCACUUUAUUUUCUCAACGGAAAGCACACAGGGGGAGAACAAGACGAAAUGCAGCACCUUGUAUGUUGUUCGUUUUUUUUGUACUUAUAAAGUCCUCUCUUUGAAAACGUUUCCUUUUUUUAUUUCAUGUGUUUUUUUCCAUGUUUUAACUGUAUAAUUAGACAUCUUCCAUAUAUAUAAAUAUAUAAAAAAAUGAAAUUAUCUCUGACUGUGAGCACAUUUUCAUAAAUCAGCACUAAUAAACAAUA